AUGCUUAUUGCCACAGACGAAAGCGGGAUCCAUGACGUGACGCUUGCCCCGACGGAGGUGUGGCGAAUUAUCCGGGACCGGUUUUACAGCGACGACAAUGUUGUCGUACAAUGUGCUUCCAAAAAGCAGAUUUUAGGUCGGCUGUAUCGCACGCGGAGGAAUUUUGGGCGGGACAUUUUUGAGUGCCUCGAGACAGAACCACUGUGCGAUGUCAAGGACAGCCCGGGUCUCAAGUUUUUCCACUUCACUCACUACGAAGACGAAGUCCUGCAUCGUGUCAUUGGUUGGGCGCAUCCGCUCAUGGACCGCAUGAAGCAGCGCAGGUGCCCCAUAUUCAUCGAUGCGACGUACCGAUCAGUACCGACUCGCUUUUAUCAGCUGGUGAUCGUGAUGAUGUUCGACCCCAUUUCGGAGCUGUACCAUCCAGUUUGGUACGCACUCACGUCUGGAAAGACAGGUCAGAUUUCCGAGCAUUUGUUCCACUACAUCCACGUCGCUUCUAAAAAGAAGCUGGACCCGGCGCAUGUGGUUUGUGACUUCGAGUUUGCGAUGGUCAAGGCGGUACAAAAUCAGUUUCCAGAAUCUAGAAUUGUGGGCUGCAUUUUUCACUUCAAGCAAGCACUGCGCCGCAAGAUGCUCAACUUGAAGAUUUCAGAAUCUGAGGUGGAUCUAGCUAUGCGAGAGGAGUGCAUCGAUCGGCUUACGGUGAUUCGUCGGUGCGACAUCGUUUUCCGGGGAAUCCCAAAUGCUGACUGGAAGAAGUUUUGGAAGUAUUUCAAGACAACCUGGAUGAAGAAGUUUCUUCCCGAAUGGUGGAACGUCAACGGUCUCAAUGAGGACAUCAUCAAUAGGACCAACAACCCCCUCGAACGGUACAAUCGUACCCUCAACGACGCCUCACCCCGAUGUCGUCAAGUUUAUUGCGGUCAUCAAAGAGCAGAGCCGCGAAAAUGUCCGACUAAUUAA